AUGAGCGGAUUAUACGGCCUCCUUUUCACAAAGUUAACCCUCCCUCCCUCUUCUGCUAUCAAUGGAAAAACCAUCCUGAUCACAGGAGCCAACACUGGUCUCGGUCGGGAAGCCGCCCGACAUGCCCUCGCUCUGGGCGCCACCACCGUGAUUAUCGGCGUUCGAUCUCUCGCCAAAGGCGAAGUAGCGAAAACCAACAUCGAAUCGAGCACCAGCUGCACGGACAAGAAUAAAGUGCUGGUAUGGCCCGUGGAUCUGUCCUCAUUCACCAGUGUGCAAGCCUUCGCCGCUCGAGUUCGACAAUACGUCAUUCAGGAUGGCGGCCGUCUGGAUAUGGCCAUCAUGAACGCAGGAGUCGCCUCGUUGGAAUGGGCGGUGACCCCGGAUGGGUGGGAGAGACAGCUCCAGGUCAAUGUACUCUCGACGGCGCUGCUCAGUCUGGAACUCUUGCCGGUGCUACUGCGCACGCGGGAGCAACAUCCCUCGUCGCGACCGCAUCUGGCCAUCCUCGCCAGCGAUAACCACAAAUCCGUAAAAUUCCCCGACCGGAAUGCGGAUCGCAUCUUUCCUGUUCUGAACAACCAGGAGCGGUGGAAGAGGGCCCAGGCUGCAGGAGGUCCCACGGAGCGGUACGGGGUCACCAAGCUGAUGGAUAUCUUCAUCACUAUGGAGCUGGCCCAAUUAGUGCCUCGCGAUCAGCAUGGAGAGCCACUCGUGGUGGUGAACUGCCUGGCACCUGGGUUCUGCAAGUCAGAUCUCCUGACGAGAGAGAAGGUGCCGUGGAUUCUGAAGCUGGUGCAGGCGUUGGCGGCACGGACGGUCCAGGAAGGGAGCAAAACAUUAUUGCAUGCGGUGACGCAGGGAGUCGAGACACACGGGAAGUGGCUGGAUAAUCAGGCUAUUGCAGAGCGAGUUACCUUUUGCUCGGCAGAAUUGAGAAUCCAAGCUAAUAGAUGUGGUAGCCCGGGCCCGAUAGUGACUGAUCCCGAUCAGGCGAUGGUUAGAGAGAAGGUAUGGGGGGAGAUUCUUGCGAUACUGCGGGGUGUUGAUCACAAGAUUCGUACGGAGUAUUGA